CGUUGUCAUCUCCCUCUUCUUCUUCAAAACCCCAACCUCCCAUCUCCGCCAUUGUUGACUCCCCCAGAGUCACAGACCGUCACACACAGAACUCAAUGGUGAGGAGAGACGAGCAGCUCCACAUCAACGUCCCCAACCCCUUCCGCUGCCCCAUCUCCAUGGACGUCAUGCGCUCCCCCGUCAGCCUCUCCACCGGCGUCACCUACGACCGCUCCAGCAUCCAGCUGUGGCUCGACUCCGGCCACGACACCUGUCCCGCCACCAUGCAGAUCCUCCAGUCCAAAGACUUCGUCCCCAACCUCAACCUCCGCCGCCUCAUCAACCUCUGGGCCCAGUCCCACGGCCCCAUCUCCCCCGCCUCUUCCCCUACUCUCUCCGACCACCACCUCCGCGGCCUCGUUCAAUAUCUCGCCAACGAGAACCAGAAGUUCAACAAGAACCUCUUCAGUUCUCUCUCUAAGAUGCUCGAUUUCGCCAAGGCGAAAGACGACAACCGAAGGUUCCUCGCGAACUUCAACGGCUUCGUCUCCGCUGUCUGCGGUGUGUUGAACAGGGAAGGAGUUGGAGUUGAGGUUCUGGAGUUGGUUGUCAGGCUUUUGGAUUUGAUCUCGUCUCAAAACGGCGUCGUUGAGCAGCUGCAGGAACUGAUCAUCAGAACCAACCGGAACUGCCUCUCUUCGAUUCAGUUUCUGUUGCAGAGCGGCAGUUUGAUGUCGAAGAUCGAAUCAACUAGGGUUUUGGACUCAAUCGCAAUCGACGCCGACUCGAAACGAAUAAUUUCCGAGAAGGAAGGACUGUUGGAUGUACUGAACCAGCUCUUGAGCUCGGGGACGGAUCAGACCUUGCACGAAGUCGUUUUCUCGUGCCUGGUCUCGUUGGCGGUGACUCGGUCAAUCAAAUCCGAACUCGUCCGGUUCGGGCUGGUCCAGCUCAUAACGGAAACUCUCUCGAACCGUGACGUCAGCGGUUCCUUGGUGGAGAAGGCAAUGAAGCUGCUGUCCAAGAUUGCCACGUGCGCGGAGGGGAGGUCAGAGAUAAGCCGGGAGGAGAAGUGCGUGGCGGCGGUGGCGGAGAGGCUGAUGAAGGGGUCGAGGGCGGCGACGGAGGACGGGGUGGCGGUUUUGUGGAGCGUGUGUUGCAUGUUGGGGGAUAAGAGGGCUAGGGAGUGUGUGAGGAGGAGCAAUGGGGUGGCUAAGAUAUUGCUAGUGAUGCAAAGUGGGUAUUGUGAGGGGCAUUUUAUGAGGAGAAUGUGUGGGGAUUUGAUGAAGGUUUUGAGUGUUGGGUUGGGGAUGGGGUUGAGCUAUGACACCAUGACCAAACAUAUCAUGCCUUGUUAAUUAGCUCAAGUAUCUUUGUAAUGGUUUCAAUUUUUGUUCUUUUUAGUUCACUUUGCUUGUACAGCAAGAAAGGAUGGAUUAAAAUGAGAAUCAUUCCAUUUCACUUCU